CAGUGGAGAAAGAGAAGAUCAGAAACGCGUAUGACAAAGAUGGGGACAGGUAUGUAAUGUGCGUGUGAUGGAAAUGAAGUUGGGUGUGUGUAUACAUUUGUUUGACAUGCAUUAUGUGUUUUACUUGUAGCGCAGUGAUGUGGGCUAGUAGUGGACAUGAUGUGUGUGUCUACUUUGUGGAUAUUAAGUCGCUUGUUCGACCAUUGUCAUUGCGUGGCAAUGUGAUAGAUGCGUACGCAGUCUUGUUGAUGGAAUAACAAGAUAGACUUGCUGUUAGAGUGGAGUUCUCGGACAAGUCAUGUUUUUAGUAGCAUAUGCCUUAAUAUGUUAAAAAACGAUAACAGUAAUGCACAGGACAAAUUCGUGCUGGACAACUUCGCGACAUGUAAAGAUUGUCGGUACGUCCACUUCCCUAUUUGUUUCCGAGCACACUGGACGUUGGUUGUUUAUGACACUAAAACGGGUCUCUGGAACCAUUACAACUCUAUGAGGCCCCGGGUUGGACUAGAAAACAAGCACCUUAAGGAGGCAGUGUUUGUGAGGGAUACUAUUAUUGAAAUCCAGCGAGGCGCAGUUGGCGUAUUGGGCGAUGACGACGCAACGCAGUUUGGUCAAUUAGGUGUGGAGGCAGUUACUGACUGCCCGCAGCAAAAACACGACUCAUACAUGGAGGACUGUGCAAUCAUUAUGUGUGCUGUGAUGCGGCAGUAUGUACAUCAUAUGGACGUGAACAGAUCGUUGCAGGGGGAUAACUGCAUCAUAUUGCGCGCCAACAUGGUUAAAGGUUUUGUGAACGACCACGGAAGGGGUCUGAAAGAUAGUGCAUGAAGUAUGGAGCUGUUUGGUUUUUGUGAUUGGGGUUGAUUUGUCGGUUGGGUUUUCCUUUGGCAGUAUGGUGGCGCUACGUUAUAUUCCACUUUUUUGUGGGUUUUUUUUUUUUUGCACAGGGAUGAACUUAUUUUGUUAAGUUUGUUAACUUUUUUUGUGAAUGUUUUGGUUGGUUUUAACGUUGGGUAUUAAAUUGUGAAUAACAGUAAUUACAUAUGGAGGUUAUGCGAUUAUGUGU